AUGCCAUGUCGUCAAUCCACCGUCCUGCUCCUCUUCUGCUUUCUGCUGUCUUGUUCCCACCCCAUAUCCUGCACCUGCUUCGGCUCCCAACAGGAUCCCCACAGCAAUCUUACCGUGAGCGGCGCCUUCGACCAACUGCCGGGCUACCUGUUCCUCACCAACAUGAGUACCUGCAGAACAAACUGGGAGAGGGUGGAUUGCCGUGGCCUAGGCACCUACAUGACGAACAACUAUCCGGCUUUCGACCUGUUCCAGAAAGGUUGGUUCUUCGUCCGGCAACAUAUUGUUCUUGUCCAACACAAGUACGAUGAUAGACCUGAUGAAGCGUCCUUCAGCGUCGUCUUCACCAUGAGCAUCUACCAGCCAAACAACGAGAUGAAGGCAGCAAAUGGCGCCAGUCUGGUGUUCGCCGUUGAGCCUUUGUUCGUCCCAUUCGACUCGUGGGGCAUUUUCACCCCACCCAAUUGGCAGGUACUUGGCCCCUCCAGCUCCUCCAACCCCUCGUCAUCCACCGAUAGUGCUGGCGGCCACCUCACCGCUGAGAUCGGUACAGCCCGAGAUAACGGGACGUUGCUGUAUCUUGGCGACAUAAUCUGGGUACAAAUUGGCAUAGAUCCGCCACCGCCAGUCAACUCUUCUGUGGCAGCGGCAAGCAAGUACAGCGUGUGGAUCGACUAUGAUCAUGUCAGCCACCGCAUGUCAGUCUAUGUCGACGCCGGUGAAGACACGCCAAAGCCUGCAAACGCGAUAGCCAGCAAGAACCUCACCAUCAGAGCGCAAUACGCAUUGCUAGGCCUUUUCUCCUCCAUGGGGCAGCUCCUACAGGUUCACUCAUGGAACUCCACGGUCGACGGGCUCCCCGAUUUCCAGGACACAACUGGCGUACAAGACAAGACCAUCAUACUGUCCUCCGUCCUUGGAUCGGUGGCUGCGACGACCAUCACGACUGCCCUUGUGUUCUUGUACCUCAACUCCAAGUACAGGAGGUGGAAGAAAGAACAGGAUGAGCUGACCAAGAUCAUGCAGGGUAUCCCCGGGGUGCCAGCCCACGUUGACUUCACUGAGAUAAGGAAGGCCACGAGGAACUUCCAUGAGACGACCAAGCUUGGCAAGGGAGGGUUCGGAGCUGUGUACCGAUGCAAGCUUCCUCCUGCUGUGGCUUCUUCUAGGAGUAGUAGGCCGGGGCGGCGAGGAGCCAUGGACGCGGCAGUCAAGAAGUUCACGCGUGAAGUUGAGGACCACCGCUGUAGUGACUUCAUCGCUGAGGUCAGCAUCAUCAACCGUCUGCGACACAAGAACAUUGUCCCACUUAUUGGUGAGUACAAUAAUUGCCCAUGUUCUGUUUCUUUUGAACACCUUAGUACAAUAUAA